GGUUUCUGUCGUUUACAGGCGGCAAUAGAUUUGGCCCACAUUUCUCUGGCCGUCAAUAAUACACGUGUUGUGGACAGCAUUCAGGUGUCGGCACAGCAAAUGCCUACCCCAUCGGUCACACAUGUGGUCCGCAAUAAACCAAAUAACUAUAAUUUGAUAGAUUAUUAUAAGAAAGUUAUAUUUGUAAUAGUGUUUGAAUUGUUACUUAUGUUACCCGUUGUGGUGAAGCGUAUAGUAGAGGACAGACAAACACUGAUUACCGACUAUUUGCUACGUCUGGGCGUCAAUAAGAUUGACUACUGGUUGGCAAUUAUCAUAGAUUCCCUGACCGUAAUCGGUGUCCAGUAUAUGAUUGUUACGGCAAUUCUUGGUGAAGAACUCAUCACUAGAUUAGGUCUUAACGAAGCCAUAGACAAACAGGCAUUACAUCUGUCCGGCGGUACUCUUCGACGACUGGUUCUGUCUUUGGCUCUCAUCGGACACAACGAUGUCUUAGUAUUAGACGAACCGACGGCUGCUUUGGAUCCGAAGGUUAGACAACAGACAAUAUUAGUAAAUGAGUUGUCGUUUUUGGUGAACAGAAGUGAAUGUUUGGGUUUAUUGGGAACCAAUGGUUCGGGAAUGACAUCAACCUUUAGACUACUCACAGGAGAUCUGGACUCAGACUCCGGUAACGCAUACUUGGGCUCAGACGCAGACCUGAGGAAAAAAUCGGGACAAUUCUUCUCACGAAUCGAUUAUUGUCCACAAAAUGACGCCCUUUUGGAUCCGUUGACAGGAAUGCAAACUCUAGUAUUCUUUGCCCGAAUCCGUGGUCUCGAGAGACAGACUUACGACACAUUCAUUGGCGUGGAGUUUACCGGCAGUGCCAUCAGUGGCUCUACACUACUCGACAACAGGCUACGGGUGCCCAAACAUCUGGCCUAUACUAUAACAUUAAAGGAUAUGAACUAUCACGAACCCCUAACGUACGAGCCAUAUCGACUACGAUAUUAUAACUUUGGUUUCUGUCGAUUACAGGCGGCCAUAGAUUUGGCCCACAUUUCGCUGGCCGUCAAUAAUACACGUGUUGUGGACAGCAUUCAGGUGUCGGCACAACAAAUGCCCACCCCUUCCGUCACACAUGUGAUCCGCAAUGAAGACAUUACAUACAAUUUGAUGAAUGGUUAUGAGAUAGUUAUGUUACAUUAUCACAAACUUAACAAUGAAUACAAUGGGCAACACCACUUCGCAUAUCAUCUCCUUGGUGAAGAACUCAUCACUAGAUUAGGUCUCAGCGAAGACAUUGACAAACAGGCGUUACAUCUGUCCGGCGGUACUCUUCGACGACUGGUCCUGUCUUUGGCUCUCAUCGGACACAACGAUGUUUUAGUAUUAGACGAACCGACGGCUGCUUUAGAUCUGAGGCUUAGACAACAAUUUUGGGAUCUAAUGAAAGACUCGACAAAAAACAAAACAGUUUUGAUUACUUCUCACGACUUCGAAGAAGCGAAUCUACUCUCGGAUCAGAUCUGUAUUAUCUCUAAAGGAGUUAUUUGUUUCAAUGGAACCACUCUUCAGAUGAAACACGAAUUCAAUUCCGGAUAUGAAUUGAAAAUUAAUAAAUCAAAUGAAAUGCAAACCGAGAGUCUUAUAAAGAAGAUAAUUGCAAAAUACAGUGAAAUCAAGAGUUUAUCGAAAAAUAGUUUGGGAGACAAUGAAGAACUGGUUUUUGGUCUAAACAUUGAACAAAACGAUAGAUUCGGACAAAUGUUUGACGAAUUAGAGAGAAAUAAGACUUUAUUAGCGAUUAAUAACAUGUCGUUAGGGAUGACAACACUCGAGGGCUCUUACGCUCAGAUUGUCUCAAAAGCGGACAACAAUUUGCCCGAAGAUCUCAACAUUGAUAUCAAUGAUAAUAGCGAAGUGAAUGUUUGGGUUUAUUGGGAACCAAUGGUUCGGGAAAGACAUCAACCUUUAGACUACUCACUGGAGAUCUGGACUCAGACUCCGGUNAACAGAAGUGAAUGUUUGGGUUUAUUGGGAACCAAUGGUUCGGGAAAGACAUCAACCUUUAGACUACUCACUGGAGAUCUAGACUCAGACUCCGGUAACGCAUACUUGGGCUCAGACGCAGACCUGAGGGUAAAAACACAGAAAUACUUCUCACAAAUCGGUUAUUGUCCACAAAAUGACGCCCUUUUGGAUCCGUUGACAGGAAUACAAACUCUUGUAUUCUUCGCCAGAAUUCGUGGUCUCGAGAGACAGACUUACGACACAUUCAUUACAAACAUAAUAAAUAAGUUUGAAAUGAAAGCAAUAAUUGACAAAAGGGUCUCCACUUAUAGCGGGGGUAACCGUCGAAAGCUGUCUCUGGCGGCGGCACUGAUGGGCACUCCCGGGCUAUUACUGCUUGACGAACCCACUAAUGGUGUCGACCCCUCCUCUCGGCUUAAAAUAUACAAAAUAUUAAAUGAUUUAAUGAUUUCGUCAAACAUUUCAAUACUAUUAACGUCUCAUAAUAUGAUUGAAUGCCAGAUAUUAUGCAAUCGUUUGGCGAUUCUCUCGAAAGGUGUGAUCAAAACCAUUGGAUUCACUGAUGAACUGAAGACUAGAUAUGCCGUAGGAUUUGAUAUCAUUGUUAAAGUGAAUAGAGAUUCAAAUGAAGCAAUCAUUGAAACACUGAAGUGUCGGAUGAGAGAAAUGUUUGGAGAAAAAUGUGUUGAAAAAUAUAGUAAUUUUGGUCUCAUUUAUUAUAAUCUUAUGAAUAGUGACAUAAAGUUACCGCAAAUUUUCAAUUCAUUGCAAACAUUAAAAUGUGAACUCAAUUUAGAGGACUAUUUGGUAUCAAACUCUUCAUUACAACAGGUCUUCCUAUCCAUCACUCAAUCCGACAAUAAUAUCAUUCAUUAA